UUAAAAUAAGGAAACGAAAGUAGACAGUUGAUGAUUGGGAAAGUCGAUAGUCUCACUGUCUUGUCCGAGUUGUCGAUAGUCGAAUCUUGAGUCGAUAGUCAUAGUGAUAGUCUGAUAGAAAAACCUAAAAAUAAAAAAGGUGAUGUCCGAGCAGGAUCGAGGAGAUCGUGGUCGAAGACGACCGAGAAGAAGGGGAGGCGGUCCAAACAGUGGCAGUAGAAAGAUUGAAAGGGAGACAUAUGACGGGGACUACCAAUCAUCAAAGCCAACUAUUAUUUUGGCCAAACCUGCUGCUAUGGACUCGAGUGUCCUGAGUACCAGUCCAUCAGCAACUUCCUCUACAAUCAAGCCAGACAAACCCGUUGUCAUGGCAAUAAGACCCAGAGAUGAGUCAUUCUCCUCGGGAGCAUCCAGUAUAUCAGCAGGGGAGUCAACUCCAUCACAAGUCCCAUCAGUUUCACACCGAACCCCAGUCAGCAUUAUCCAGACAGAUGGGUCCAGCCGUCUCUCUGCUCCUCCAGAAAUGAACCAGAGUGUUAAAAUUGUGGAUGACUCUCAUCAAUGGAGUGAUGCAGGAAUGGAAGUUUUACUGGAUCAAACUGAUUUCUUUGUGGUUGGGGUCCUUGGGCUUCAAGGCUCUGGAAAGUCUACCAUGUUGUCACUCCUAGCGGGAAACAAUCCCUCAGACAAUAUAAGACAGUAUAUAUUUCCACCACAAAACAGAGAGUGUAAAGAGUUAUGUGAACACCAGACCUCGGGAAUUAAUAUGUUUGUCACAGGAGAAAGAACGAUAUUUCUGGAUACUCAGCCUGUCUUGAGUCCCUCUGUUCUGGAUAAAAUAAUUCGUCAAGAGAAGAAGAUCCCCCCAGAAUACAGCACUGCCGAAAACUGUGUGGAAAUGCAGUCCCUGCACCAGGCAGCAUUUCUGAUGUCUGUCUGUCACAUCAUCUUAGUGGUUCAGGACUGGUUCUCAGACAUCAAUCUCAUCAGAUUUCUACAGACGGCUGAGAUGUUGAAACCUUCAACUCCAUCAUCAAGUCAUGACAGUUCCUCUGGAUCGGAAGAAACUAAUGAUUACUACCCUAGAAUUGUUUUUGUACAGAAUAAAUGCACCAGGGAUCAUUUUAGCAGAGAAACACACAAGGCCAUGCAGUCAACACUUUCCAAGAUGUUAGAGGUUUCAAAGCUGAAAAUCAAAGGUGACGUAUCAAUGGCCAGUGGAAACCUGUUGUCAGGGUUACCAAAACAUCAACCAACAGACAUCAACUUAUAUCUGUUUCCAAAUAUGGACACUAACAAGAAAGAAUCUCAAGAUACAGUUCUGACCCUAUUACCUGAGUACCGUGGAUACCCUAGUGUGACCACACUGGUAAACGGUUUGAGGAAGCAGAUUUACUCCAUGCCAAGAGAUGCUCUAACCCAUACCACUCUGUCAGAGAAAAACUGGUUUCACUAUGCAGCUAGAACCUGGGAGGCUGUAAAGAAAUCGCAACUUAUGGCUGAGUACAACAGACUGCUGCACUGAAGAUUCAGCUUGAACAUGAAGACAGUUAUCUGUUCCUACCCUUUUAACUUGACUACAUUACUAAAAAUCAUGACCAUCCAAUUGGAAAGGGGGAAAAAAUUCCCAACACUUUACCAGGUUUCAUACGAAAAUCUGGUGGUGUUUUAAUUGUAUGUCAGUCUGAGAGUAGAACAUGGCAGGGAGAAAAAUAAAGUAAUACAGAGCAAAGGUGUUACAGCAAUUGAUGGAUUCCUUUUUUGCUCACCUGAGCCACAGGCUCAAAUGAGUUUUCCUGAUUAAAAAUUGUUCAUUGUCUGUUUCAUCUUCAUCAGAACCAUAAUGCCAAUUUCAACCAAACUUGGCACAGAGUAUCCUUAGGUCAAGGAGAUUCAAAUGAAGGGUCAGCUUCUCUUCCAAGGGGAAAUAAUCAAGGAAAGGUAAAAAUAGAGUGGGAUCAUUUUCAGAUCUUUUUUCUCAAGAACCACUGACAUAAUGUAAAUUUUAACUUUGUCCAAAUCAUGACCUCCAAGGGGUAGGAUGGGGCUACAAUAGCAGAUUAAAGUUUGACAUGGGUAUGUAUAAGAAAAAUCUGCUACAAAAUAGAAGGGCUAUGAUUAGUCACAUUAAUUUGCAAACAUCUUUAGGUAGUGCAGAUUCAAGUUUGUUCAAAUCAUGGCCACUGGGGGUAGGGUUGGGCUACAAUAGGGUAUCAAAGUUUUUCAUAGGUAUGUAUGUGGGGACAUUUUUUAAAAAUCUUUUUCUCAAGAGCAAUAGGGCCAUGAUUAGUCAUAUCAAUAUGCAAGCAUCCUUAGGCACUACAGCUUUUCAUGGGGGUGGGGCCUUAAUUCAGUGAGAGAUCAAAAUGUAAAGGAAACAUUCUUUUUAGGUUUCGCAAGAUCACAGUAAAUGUGUAGACUCAAGUUUUUUGUUUUUCAAAUUACGGAUUAUGACUCUGGGUUUAAGAGUGGGGUUAGAAUUGGGAUCAAAUUUUACAUAGUGCAUGAAUACAGACAAAAAUCUUUAAAGAUCUCCAGAACACAAUAACAAGACAAUAUUAGUAAUUUCAUUAUAGAUAUUAAUAAUAUUGUUAUAAAUUGAGUUAAGUCAUGAUCCUAUUGGUUUAGGUUGAGAUCAUAACAUGUCAAAUUUUUUGUGGGAAUAAAAAGGGUAAAAAAUCUUUUUAAAAUAUUCUGAUGAAGAACACUAAAGACAAUGUGGCUUACCUGAGACAAUGUGACUUACCUGAGACAGUAUGACUUACCUGAGACAAUGUGACUUACCUGAGACAAUGUGACUUACCCGAGACAAUGUGACUUACCCGAGACAAUGUGGCUUACCUGAGACAAUGUGACUUACCUGAGACAGUAUGACUUACCUGAGACAAUGUGGCUUAUCUGAGACUAUGUGGCUUACCUGAGACAAUGUGGCUUACCUGAGACUAUGUGGCUUACCUGAGACAAUGUGGCUUACCUGAGACAAUGUGACUCAGGUGAGCUUCGUGGUGCAUAGGCCUCUUGUUGAAAAUUGUGACGGUAAUUCAUGUUUCAAAGUUCAUAAAUGUGCAGUCCACUUGAAUGUGUAUUGUGUUGUAAUGCAUGAUGAAAUAAAUAUGUAAAUGCA